GCGACAUUCCUAGGAACCAAUUAUAGGGCUCGGAAUAUCCAAUGAAAAAGGGAACAUUGGAACUUCAUACCUGUCCCAAAUGGCCAAUGUCAGAAAAUCAGUUCUCUGUGUUUGCAUUUAUUUAGGGGCCACUCUUAGCAUCCAGAGUCUGGAUUCUCCCUUGCCUUCCACCUUUUUGCAGCGGAUUUACCCGCAAUAUCAGGACCUCGCACCUUGUCCCUGCGACCUAAAAGUGGAACAAUGUGAUACCGGUUGUUGUUGUGACCUAGCGUGUCCUGAGAAUUAUGCUGCCAAUUUCACUUGCAUUCCCUCAUUGUUUGGGGGAAAUCAUUCCGAAGGCCACUUUUUGGAUCACAAUUGUUCGUCAAUCUUGAAUCCGACAGAGAAAAAGUACUUCCACACUUUUCUUUGCAUCCACAGUUCAAAUUCUCCAUAUCUUGGUCAUUUCUACACGGAGGCCUCCAUCUUAAUCACCCAAGCCCAAUACGAUCAAACUUUGGUCCCUAAAAAUCUUGCUAACUCAAGAGAUACCUUCUCUUUUGAGGAUCUCGGCAAUCAAUUUUUGCCGGAUCGGCGAGUCGUCACUUACCAAUACGGUUCUAUGAUUGGAACGCUAUUUGACACCCAUCGUGGAAUUUUUGGUAAACUCAUGAUUCCUCGUAACUCUUUAAACGGGGAUUGUGUGUCGGGUCCCAUUGAAUUUCUCAAACCUGUGCAAUCAAACUGUCUGCAACGGAUUAAUGAAGACGUUUGUCGUAGCGCCUCAUUCAGCCUCCUGGAUCAUCGGUCAUAUCUCUCCCAAUCUCAGAGCGAGGAAGUGAGUCGGAAUUUCGGGUCAAGCAAAACGGCGAGCCUGGCUGUCACAUUUUACCGAACGAAAACUCCAGGAAAACAGAUGUCGUUCCAAUACAAGUACCGGAAAAAGGAGACAAAGGGCCAUCGAGACACAAUUGAUGAUAUCCUAAAGGAGCUCGAACGGAAACCUAACGAGCUCAAACUAUUUGGAGGGUUGUAUAAAUUUGAUGAUCUGGAUGAACUGUCUUCUAACUCUUUUGAAGAACCAGUUUUCUUUGACUCGGAGGUCAAGUUGUGUAGCAAUGUUGUGUUACAAGUGGAAUACCAAAUUUUCUGGAAUGGGACCUCCAUUUCUAGAGUGAAAGCAAAUGUCUUGCUGGGAGACGUGGAUGUGUCACCAGUAUCAAAUAUUCAAAGAAGGUCUUUGAAUCAACAUUUCAGAGUUGAUUUCAUCCAUGUCAAUGACUUGUACAAAUCUAGAACUAUUCGGAGAAUCUCCGGGAAUCCAGGCUAUGAAAUUGGAGCUCCUCUGAUAAGCGGAAUGUUACAUAACGGCACGUUUAAGCGUUUGAACCAAGGCAUAUCUAUUUGGAAGGCAACCCCAUCGUCACUUUGCCGUGAUUCAACUUUGGUACCAAUCGGUUUUGGAACCAAUGUUCAGGGUGGCUGUCUCUUGCAAUUAUCAAGACUGGAUUUCAACGACUGCUACUCACUUGAGAACAAAAUUCUCAAUCUUCAAAGUGCUCUCAUCAAGUCUCAGGUCGUAGCUAGAGGGGGAAACGUCAAUGGCAUGUCUGAGUCGGACUUUGUGCCAAUAAUUCACGAUGACGAUGGUACCUACUUAAAGAGCAAUUCCACUUUUCCCAUCUGCUGGAUCCCCAGUGUGCUCUCGGUGGAGAUUCUUUUUUCUAAUUCGAAUCCGAAACCUCUGAAGAGAAUCGAUCGCAUCAAUGGAGUUCGUGUGGUUCCCAGAUAUGAAAUGUGGUCGUGGGUCUGUUCCGAACUUGACGAUUGCAAUGGCCAAAAGUCAUUUGAAUUGUCUGUGGGGAUCCAGUUUGGAGAAAUUCCUUUAGAAUGGCACCUUCAAAAUACCUCCAGAUUCUGGAUUCGUCAGCAUGACCCACAUUGUUUGGGCGACAAUUGCUGGAAACAGAUUCUGCGUCCAUUUACCCAUCCGCCGCCUGUGGACCAUCUCUACAGUGAUCCAUGGCAAAGAGCAGGUGCCAUUGUAGUGACCAUUCUGUCACUUUUCAUCCUAAUAGUAUCGUGGUGAUUUUUUUCGUCCCAUUGGCAACGUGUGGUUUGUUUAGAUUUAUUACUGAAACUUUCUCUAUAUCUGUCAAAACAAUAAACUGUAAGGGACGAGAGAG